CGCGUCGUCAUCGCGCACGCACGCGCGUCGCGUACCGCUCCCACACACACAACAAAAAACCUUAAAACCUUCACAAUCAACCCAACGUGAAUAACAUUAGUGCUACAGUGUAUUAAUAAGUGUUAUUAGUUAACUAUAACAGUGAUACAAUACAGUGACUCAGUGCAACUACCAACGAAACAGCGUUCAACCAUAAUGAUAUAAAACAUUUUCUACGAUAAAUCGCUUGUUACUCUGUUUUAAUCGGUCCCCAAACGAUGUGAACCACCUCCACCAAUGGUCGCUGCUCUCCUACCAUGGCGGUGCAGGCUCGGCCGACGGCUCGUCACUUCCACAACCAGCCGGAGCUGCAGAGCUGGGCGGGGCUCAUGCUGCGGUGGAUACUGGUAGUUUGGGUCGCCAGUUGCGGGCCUUUGGGGAACACUGUGAAGCAGGAUGGUUGCGCUUUUCCAUCUCGGUGGCAUGGACGCUGGUUCCAGUCAGGAGUGAUCCAGCCAAUCCUCAUUGAAAGCGACAGACUGUCCAACAAGGGACGGUGUUUGUCUUCUGAAGGGGACAAGUUUCUUAUAGUUGAUGAAAAAGGCUGCUACCGCUGUGUUGUGAUGCACGAAAAACAUAAAAACGUUCUUCAGUAUAAAGAAACCUUCUGCCACCGAAGAGACGCGCUGCCACACCUGUGUUCGUUGAUAACGGGAGACGCGCUGUUAUAUUCCAUGUUCAGAGAGAACGCCGAUCCCGUCGACUGCCCUUUGAAAGGGCCAUUUUCUUUUACUUAUAAUAGGGGUCACGGAGACUGCAAGAGCCCCGUGUCUUCAAUAGAGAGCUGCACAGAAGAUUCCAGACUGCUCCUCAAUUACCAGGCCUGUCCUGAUGUCUAUGGCUCUGAAAGCACGGUGGAAGAGCUAGAAUGCCUGGCUACGUGGAAGGAAGGCAGUCUUCGCUUCUUGGUAGGCAAGCUGCAUCACAACCACGCCACGAGCAACGAAGACCGGUACCGAUGCUUCGUCUACGAGAAGACGAAUGACUUACUUCUGAACCCGCGUGUUACAGCCACUGGUACUGUGAAGGAGCAAAUCGUCCCACCGGGGGGAGUUGAGUACAGGGUCGCUCAGUCAGGAGACGCUACCUGCAAUGGACUCUUCAGUGCUACUGAGGGAUCCAGGACUAUGGCUCUUAAACGUGUAUCAGUCCGCUUCAACUGCCAGUUUCCCUCCUGGAUGACGUUCUCCCACACCUGGCACACCCUGGACUUCACCAGCAACUACACGUUCUACCAGCGGAACGCGACCCUCAGGAUAACGAACCAGACGGGAGCUGAUAUCAAGGUGUACUGUGUCAAUGUGAAGGCCAGCUCGCCGAGCGGGAACUCAGUGGCUUUGGUCGCGCAUUGGCAGCAUCAUUGUGUGUCCCGCUACGUGUGCGUGGUGCUGUACCGGCGCGACACGUACAUCGCGGAGCUGCAGCGCGGCGCGCCCACGUCGCGGCCCGACGACGCGUGCUCGCCGCACCACUUCAACGCGGUCACUGCGCCUUAUGUUACUUUAGUAGCAAGCAAUCCCGAAUCAAAAGAAUGUCCCUAUUCCGGAAAAUAUGAAAUCCAAAACCGACGCAGAAGAGACGUUAGAUCUAGCGAAGACCAUAGUGUUAAGAGAGAGAAAGCAAUGUUGGAACAUAAUCGUAGGGUUAAUGGGAGUAGGUUGUUCAAUUUUAGCGUAAGCAACAUGUCUAGUGCCCCUAUGUUGAGGAGUAGACGGGAGUCGGACAGUGAAGUGUCCUGUGUGGUCAAUAGCUACAACAGGCUGGAGGUCGGCUGCAACUCCGUCAAGAAUAUGGAGUUCUAUUCUACGUGUGAGAAUAGGGAGGUUAUGACAGCGUACACAUGCCACGGCGGCUGGUACGAGAAUGGCGCGUCGUUCGUGGUGACGACGCCCGUGACGCGCGACAGCACGGCGGCGCGUCGCUACUGCUUCGUGUCGCGCGACCACUCCCGCGCCGCCCUCGCCCUCGCGCGCUCCCCCACCAACUGCGACCGCGACGACCUCACGCCCGACCUCGUGUUCGACGCCACCGCUACUGGUGAAUGUCAAGAUCAGACGAGUCACCAGCCGGCGCUGAGAAUAUCCCUAACCUUUGUAUUAUGUCUCCCAAUCAUACAUUACAUAAUACCGAGAUGAUUCCUAAUGCACUAACACUACCUAAGUCAUUUCGGACCCCUCACCCGUGUAAUUAUAGCUACGACACAUAGACAGGCUUAGAAACUAUAUAGAAAACGAACUUUUAGUUAUUAAAACACCUUGUAAACGUAUAUCAUGCUAUUUUUCCCGUUAUUUAUGUUAUUAAACUAUUGUAAAUCGUUUAAAAUCGAUAAUCAUAUAUCAUAGAUAGACUCAAUCGCCUAAAACAUAAUAUUGCCACGUAUAAUAUUAAAAUUGCAAAAUAACGUUAGCCGUUAUUUUAACUGUUAUUUCAUUAUAUUUAAAUGUACAAUUUUAGAUAAUAAAUUGACAUAAUAGAUGUCGUCUUGAUUGCACAAAAUGCACGUAUUUUCUUAUUUCGAAUUAAGUUUAUGAUUGUUGCCUCCAAGAUUUUUUUUUUAAUAAAUAAACUAUCUUAGUCAAAUGCAACAAUUUAGUAACCAACAAUUGUAGUUACAAGUAACCGUUAUUUCUUUAACGUUAUGUAAGAAAUGUGUUUUAUAGUUUUGUUAAUUUUUUUUAAUUGAUACAUUUUUCAUAAGAUGUUAAAUUAUGCAUCUUCUUGAGUGAACUAUUUUUUAAUAAAGGUAUAAAUCUAAUUUCCCUUUCCGAAAAUAGUAGUUAUUUCUUUUAAUUUAUAGAACGCUAGAUUAGUGUUGUCAUACUUGGAGGCACAUCUGUUUGGGUGUCUUGUAUAUAGAGUAUCUAUGAAUAAUAUAGUGAAAUGUCAUCCUUGGACAAAUAGGCCGAGUAAUUUUCAGUGACCAGUUGCAAUAAACAAUAUCUGUGAAUAAACCUACAUUCUCGUUUCCUUGACUUGUUAACUUUAAUUUCUCGUUUUUCUCUGAUAAGUGUAUUUUCAUCAGGGGAAUUUUUUUCUUGAUUAAAGUAGGAGUCUAUUGGCCCAAGGAUAACAAAAUAUUAGUUGACAAAUGGUUGAUAGAUUUGAUGAGAAUGGUUGUGAAAUUUUCUUGUUGCGACAGUUUACAAAUGAUGAACUCCUCCGCAUUAUAUUUUUUAAUAGCUACUAUGCUUUGAACUACUUUAGUUUGCAUAAAGAAUAACCUCCUUGUUUUCUAUAAUCUUUCUCCAAAUGUGCUUUUGUACUCCUUCUUGUAAUUCAAGACGCAUUUAUUUAGCAUUUAUUUAUUUAUAAAAAGAUUUAAAAUGUAGUUUGAGGCUGCACAUUAGUUUUUAAUUCACCUGUUUACAACCUAUCAUUGAUUUGCAAAGUCAGCAAACCUUUCUGUUGGAAUAGAAAAAAAAACAAUGAAAUGCAUUUUUAUACACAAAAUGUUCCGGUGGCUUAUUAUCACGCAUAAUAAAAUCAUAAAUACAAAUUAGUACGUUCCCUACAAAUAUGAAGCUUCGAAUUAUGUACAAAAUCAAUGUAAAAUGUUACUUAGUAGCUAGAAUAAUUUUACGAUAGUUAUUACGUUAUUUUUAUUUAAACGGAUCGUUUCUUACCUAACAUUUUGUAUAUUUUGAAUUAAAAUGUAAUCAUAAGUUUCUUAGAUACAUAAUGUAAUAAGCACAAUUUUUCUAAAGGCCCCAUUUAGUUAGUGACCUUAUGAAAAUCAUAUUUAAAUAAACAUACAAUAAAGUUAUCGCAAUGUUGCAAAAGCAGUUUGGGACAGCGACUGUGAUUAAAGUUUCAGUGACAUGAACGAACAUGUACCUAAAUGGUUCAGGCCACUGAUUAUCCCAGUUUGAUGUUGUAUUGCACAUCAUCAACACUUCUGAAAAUACCUACAAUUAUAGAUGUGAAAUACUUGAUUGUCCCAUUUGGCUCCUCUUUCUUGAUUACUUUUUGCUCGUUAAAGCUAUCGUACAAUGCGUUUACAAAAUAUAGUUAGUAAAAUUGUGUCUUAAUAUUACCAUUUUACAUCUGAGAUACAGAUACCUACUCUCUACUCUACCGUAAAAAUAAAUUACUGGUUGUUAUUAACCAAAUCAGAAGUGUUGUUAAACUUUUCAAAUAUCAGUGCUCAAAGUAUAGACUAGCAUAAUAUUCUUUUGUAAAUGGAUGGGGUCUAAAUGAUUGUUACAAUGCACCAUAUAAUGGUUGCUUCACUAACUUUGUACUAUUGUAUUUGUUACAACAUUUUCACGAGAAAGCAAUGUUUUCUCAAAUCAAGCAAUACUACUAUAGGUAAGAUUAGAUAAGACUAAAUUUAGGUAAGUAAAAAACGAAUACUCAUUUUGAGAUCAAUGUAAAAUUUAAUUAAGUUAUUAGAUAAUAAAAUCGCAACAGCAAUAAUAUAUUUGUAUUUAUAGCUAUUGAGCGUUAAAUUUUUAAUAGUUAGUAGACAGUUGUGGAUAAUGGAGCUAGCGUUGUUGUUUUAUAAUGUGACAGAGAGAUUAUUUCUUUGUGGAAGCUAACUCGAAGGGAAAUCAGUGUAAACUAAAUUAAAUAAAGAAAAAAAACCUUUACACUGGUUUCCUUAGAGGUGACCAUCGUUAUGUUUCCAUUGUGUGAUAUAGGUACAUUGAAAUUAAUUAAGUAUAUAGUCGUCAGCAUGGAUUAAAAUAAACAGCGAAAUUGAU